AACAUCACACAAACACUUGCCACGUUCGUAUCGUAAGCGGUCAGUUUUUAUGCUGGGCUAGACUAGGCCUAGCAAGGUUAGGGAGAGCCCUUAGUUGUGACUGGAGUAAGCCAGUUUACUGUAUUCAUACGAUAUGGACUUUUCGAAGUUUUUGGAUGGUGACUUUGAUGCAAAAGAGUGGGUUAAUGCAGCAUUUAAAGCCCAGAAAGAAGAGAACGAUCAGCGUGAUGCUUAUGCUGCCACGUGUGUCAUGAAACUACAGCUUUUCAUUCAGGAGGUCAACAAUUCUAUUGAGGAAAGCAGCCAACAAGCUAUCCAGAACCUUCCCAGGGUUCUUAGGGACAUUGAAUCUGUAAAACAGGAGGCAACUUUUUUAAAAGAACAAAUGAAGCUUGUGAAAUCAGAUAUUCAAAAGGUUGAAGAGGACACAUCUCAAUCAAUGAAGAUGUUGCUCGAGAUUGAUAAUGUCAAGUCCAGGAUGCAGGCUGCUUCAGAGGCUCUCCAGCAAGCUGAUAACUGGACAACGUUGAUGGUAGAUGUCGAUGAAGUGUUCCUCUCGAAGGAUGUCAAUGCUAUUGCAAGUAAGCUAGGUGCUAUGCAACAAAGCUUGAGUAUGCUUGCCCAUUGUGGAGAUUAUGAGGAACGAUGUCAACACCUUGAAACACUCAAGAAUCGUCUAGAGGCUAUGCUUAGUCCACAACUAGUUGGUGCAUUUAACACUCACUCGCAUGAGGCAACGCAACAGUAUGUGACAAUCUUCAAAGAUAUGGAUCGCCUUCCACAGUUAUACAACUAUUACCACAAAUGUCAUAAGUCUUCUUUACUCCAAAACUGGAAGAAGUUGCAGGAGGUGAACAGUGCGAAGUCCUUAGUUGAGUGGCUGCCUAUGUUUUACGACCACCUGCUAGCCACUUGGCAUGCAGAGGUGCAAUGGUGUGACCAGGUGUUUCCCAACCCAGUCAAGGUGGUUGUUGAACUCCUUACCCAGACGUUAAACAGCUUGAAACCCUCAUUGCCAGCCUGCAUGGAGACUACUCUAGAAGAGGAUACCUUAUUGAAUUUGAUUGAACUUAAAAAGACAACAGAUAGAUUUGCAAAAAACAUGGACAGUGCAAUAACUUCAGCCAAAAAAGAUUCAAGUCUUGGCUUAGAGGUUUUUGAACUUGUGAGGGCGAUAUAUUCACCUUAUUUGCCGUACCUCCUUCGGUAUGGUGCAAUGGAAGAGGAACACUUAUGUCAGGAACUGAGCUGCUUGCAAUUGGAAAAGCGUGAUUUAAUAGAUUGUGCUCAGCUUCUGUCUAAUUCGGUCACCAGUAUUUUCAAACUGACCAAUGACGCGGUAGAUAGAUGCAUGGUUUUGACCAACGGAUAUGAUUCUCUUGGACUUAUCCAGGCACUCAAGUGUUUGUUCAGUCGGUAUUGCAACUCCUUCAACGCGGCUAUCAGUAACUUACAGGCUGAUGUUGAAGCAGCUUCAUCCAAUUCAAAAGAACUCGGGGAAGAUUGGACUAGGUUCCAGCACGCCCUGAAAAUCAUACAGACAUGCGGUGAAUUACUGCUUGGAAUGGAGGAGUUUGAGCUGACUGCAAGUGGUACCAUUCUAGGCUCAACAGCUGCCCACCAAUGUGAGGCAUUCUCCCCCACAGCUCUACCACACAAAACCCAGAGCGCAAUGACUGGCAGUGCAUUCACGGACUACAACUACAUGCUAGCACAGAAUCCAAGCAAAUACCAGGAACUCCUACGGCUAAUUCACAGCCUAAAACAGGAGAACAGUUCGAUUAUGGAAGAGCCAAUGAAAGGGCUUCGGAAGGUCAAUGAGCAUGCUCACAAGUUUGCGUUUGAGCUGGUGUUCAGUCAACUGGAGAAACAGCUCAGGCAGAUUUCUUACAUGGAGGUCUGGAUGUCAGAGGGCGGUGUACUGUCGGCAGAACUGCCAACAUUUAGUCUUUCACCGCAGGAAUACAUCACCAAGAUUGGCCAAUAUUUGAUGACGUUGCCACAACAACUUGAACCAUUCACAUCACAAGAGAACCCUGCUUUGGCAAAGGCACUGGAGAGGGGUCGUCUGCCCUUCCCACCUGAGCAAGGUGGUCUUGAAGUUGAGCAUCUUGCUGACUAUUGGCUGGGAGCUAUUGCACGUGGCGUCAUGUACACGUAUGUGGAAGCCAUCUUGAAAAUUGAGGAACUUACAUCACACUCAACAAGGCAGCUUAUCACUGACAUUGAUUACCUCUGUAAUGUGCUGGAUGCAUUUGGACUUCCAGCAUCUACUGAUUUACGUAAUGUUGAGAAGCUACUUAAAACACCAGUUUCACAUUAUGAUGAGAUAACAGGAGCAAUACCAUCUCGCUUGUGCCAUGUCAUCUUGAAACUUAAGAAGCAUCAUGACGAGAGCUAAAAUGAUAAUAGCUGUACAACUUCGAGAAUCAUGAGAAUUUUGAGGGCGGUGUAGCAAAAGUGGUUUAUAUAAUUUAUUAAUUUUUAUAUUCUUGUAUAAAAUAUAUAUUGCCAUCAAGAAAGCUGAAAUGAGAUUGUACAAUAUCUAAAUACACAUCAGUUAUUGUAUAAAUGUUAUCAACACCAAAAUGUUAAAUGCAAGGCUUUCUUUGGUCAAAGGAUGUGUGUUGGUCAUGGCACCUUAUCCAUAUUUUGACUCUUAACCCAGGGUGUAGGAUGCAAAUCGACUUCAAAAGAAUAUGAUUACAAAUUAAAUCAGUAUAGGAUGUUAUGUAACUUUUAAUUGUUCAAAUUUUUGCAUGCUGAAUGCAACAGAUUAUGUAAUAAUGAUGUAGAAAUGAUGAAAAAACAAUGAUUAUGAAUGAUGUAAACAAUGCAAGUGAUGCCAGUAUCAAUUGACAGGUGUGAUUCAAACGUGUUUCAACAGUGAUAGUCGACAUUCUGAUUCACUGAAGCAUGAAAUAACCAUUAACAUUACAAAUAGUAUAAUAACAUUAAAUGGAAUAAAAAUAUUUUAGCUUUAAAUUAAGAAUACAAUCAUCCUUGUAUAAUACUAUAAUUUGUAAUUAAAAUUUACCUAUUAUUUAGUUCUUCUCUAAGAUUUGAUGUUACAUCAUGUAUAGUAUUACAUUACAUUACUUUUGUACAUUGAAAAGAGUUGUGCACUAAUUGGUGUAAGCCAAAUUAUAUUCAGCAACUUUAAUUAUCACUAUUCCUUAUGUACAUGGAAACUACUUCACUAAUCACUAUACCAGAAAAGUUACGAAAGUUUUGUCCAAAGAGGGUGCGAACAGUUGGGAGACCGCCCACCUUGUGUGGUUCUGGAUGUAAUAUCAACGAUGAAACCAUGGGUGAGAACUAACUUACGUCCCAGGGAAGAUGAGAUAAGAGAAAUCAUUAUCAUUACUAUCAGAAUGUGUAUGGUUGUAAACACUGAGCAACCACAUGUGCCAAUUCAAUCAACGUAUUUACAAACAAAAGGGAGGUGCUAUUAGGCAUACUGUAUGUUCAGCAGCAGAAAUUGUUAACCUAUUUAUGGUUUGGUGGAACAGAAUGUUUUUAAUAGAAAAUAGAGUGAUCCAGUACAGGAUGUACUAAAGAUAUAUGGAUGAUA